GAAGAGUGUCCGGCUCAGCGAGUGAAGAACGCGGCAAGAAAGUCAAGAGACUCCGCGAUCACUGGCGGAGACCAGCGCUGCCAACUGCGGCAAGGACGGGGAACUAUCGCGCGACACGUUUCUCUGUUUGUAGACCAUCGUUUGUGUAAAGUGUUUAUCCAUAAGACACGGGCCGAGGUGUCGAGUGCAGGGAUCCUAUCUCCUCCAAGGACUUACUGUCGUCGAGUCCGCACUCACGGCCGAGAAGCGUCCGGGUCUCCCGCACGAUGGGCAACGCAGCGACCGCCAAGAAAGGCAAUGAACAGGAGAGCGUCAAAGAGUUUCUAGCCAAAGCCAAAGAAGAUUUCUUGAGAAAAUGGGAAUCUCCACCACAGAGCACAACUGGCCUAGAUGACUUUGACAGACUGAAGACGCUGGGCACGGGAUCGUUCGGGAGAGUCAUGUUGGUAAAACACAAGGCUACAGAUCAAUUCUAUGCCAUGAAAAUUCUGGACAAGCAAAAGGUGGUGAAGUUGAAACAAGUGGAGCACACGCUAAAUGAAAAGAGAAUAUUGCAAGCAGUAUCCUUCCCGUUCCUUGUCAGAUUGGAAUAUGCUUUCAAGGACAACUCCAAUUUAUAUAUGGUGAUGGAGUAUGUACCAGGAGGAGAGAUGUUCUCACAUCUUAGAAGAAUUGGAAGGUUCAGUGAACCGCAUGCACGGUUUUAUGCAGCGCAGAUCGUCCUGACCUUUGAGUACCUCCACUCACUAGACCUCAUCUACAGAGACCUGAAGCCAGAGAACCUGCUUAUUGACCAGCAAGGAUACAUACAGGUAACAGACUUUGGGUUUGCAAAAAGAGUAAAAGGCAGAACCUGGACAUUAUGUGGAACUCCAGAGUAUCUGGCCCCAGAGAUCAUCCUCAGCAAGGGAUACAACAAGGCCGUGGACUGGUGGGCUCUUGGUGUCCUCAUAUAUGAAAUGGCAGCUGGAUAUCCCCCAUUUUUUGCAGACCAGCCCAUUCAGAUCUAUGAGAAAAUAGUGUCCGGAAAGGUACGAUUUCCAUCACACUUCAGCUCUGAUUUGAAAGAUCUACUGAGGAAUCUGCUUCAGGUGGAUCUGACCAAGCGGUAUGGCAACCUCAGGAACGGUGUCAAUGAUAUCAAAAACCACAAAUGGUUUGCCACAACUGAUUGGAUAGCCAUCUAUGAGAGAAAGGUGGAAGCACCAUUCAUACCAAAGUGCAGAGGCCCCGGGGACACAAGCAACUUCGACGACUAUGAAGAGGAAGAAAUUCGCGUGUCUGUUACAGAAAAAUGCGCAAAAGAAUUCUCAGAGUUUUAGUUUUUCAGAGUUAUGGACACUAGAGCUAGGCAUAUGCAUAUAUACGUAUAUAUUUAAUUGUCAAUAUAUGUAUAUAUGUGUGUGUGUGUGUGUGUGUGUGUGUAUCACACAACACAUCAAAUAAGGGUAUCUUUGCACUCUGAUGACAUGGGAUGAGCAGAGAGCACAUCAUUCUUCAAAGUUCUUGUGUACUUCCUUCAUUCCAUUCGGCUUUAGAGACGUCACCAGGGUUCUCAUGCUCCACUAUGCCAAAUCCCAACCAUAAUAUACUGACACAUCACAUACUCAUUCAGCUCACUAUUUCUUAUACAUUUGUUUUGUUUAAUCUAACAACAUCUGAAAACCGUUCUUGAUGUGGUGUUCCCCAUUUGAAAAGUUAAUUCUGUUUUCGUGAAAAAGGAUUUUAGUGUGGCAUUCAAAAUAUGGACUUGAAAGUACUGCAAAGGCCAAUUGAGCAUUGUUACAUGUUAUGACAGUAUGACGAUUUUGUUUCUUGGCAGCAUCACACAGUGUUGUGAUUCGAAAGGUAGGUGUUGCCUUUUAGCUGUCGCCAUUUUUGCGUGUUAUGCAUCCACAUUUGUUCACGUUAGUCGUGUUUGUUUUCUUUUUACCUCAGACCAAUAUACUGACAACUUUUUGGGAUUUGUUUGUUUGGAAGUUCUCGUUACUUGUACAAAUCUGUAGAUUUGAUUUUAUUUCAACCAUCCCGUGUGUUGAAAGCAUGACCAAAACCAGUGUGUUGUGGAUGGCAGAGGAGGUCUUAACUCUUAGAAAACCCAGUAAGAGCCCACAAAAUGAUUGAGUUAUAAGUGUUACCGUGAUUUUUUUUUUAUGAACAUAAACUAACAAAUGUUACAAAUGCACGAUAUAUAUGUCAAUUUUACCACUUUUGUGCAUUUUUAUUUAUUUUUCACAAGAUUUAUUCUCAAAUCUAAACAACUACCUUAAAGGGAUAAUUUACCUGCCCUCAUUAGGUGGUAAAUGUUACAUUUAAAUUAAAAAGUUACAUUUUGGGUAAACUAGCCUUUUAAAGAUCUUGCUUGAAUUGUUGAAACUGUGCAGUUUAUUUAAAAUGACGAAAAACUGGCCAGAAUUGCUGUAGGAUGAAUUUGAUUAUUGUCACAGUAAGGCACUUAUCAGUUACGUGUGACAACGUUCACUUUUUUUGGUCACCGUUUUUCAUUUUAAAGUUGACGCUGUUUUGCAAAGUUCUCUCUUAAAUGAAAAUUGUAAAACUGACAAAAUUCCAUGUUCUCUCCAUUGUUGCUGUUGAACUUCUGUCAUCGUUUCUUUUAUUCGUAUGACCGAAUGUAGAAUUGAAACUUUGUAUGCGUAUUGUUUGAAGUUUGAGGUACAUUCUCACAGACAUAUACUAAGAAAUUGAAAAUGUUAAAGAGAUGAAAAAAAAGAGAGGUUAAUAAGCCUAUGCUCCUUUGUAUCACAUAUAAUCCAGUUAUUGUUCCGCUCAUAAGGCAUAUAUGCAUUAUUUCUUAUAAAUGUUUUUAUUUAUACACAUUAGAGA